AUGGGGUACACUACGGCUUGGAAGCGGCUUUCGCCGCGGCAGCUAAACUUAGCUAUCCACACUUUUUCGCUGAUCUCGAUCUUCUUUGAGGGGUAUGAUCAGGGUGUUAUGGGAGGUGUUAACGCCGCGCCCACCUACCUCACCAAGGUGGGCAUUGGCAACGAUACAGAUAAUGGGACGGUCACGCAUACGACGCAUGAGGGAGGCAUCGUUAGUGUCUAUUACCUGGGUGCGAUCUUCGGUUGCUUCGCUGGCGGGUGGCUCGCAGAUCGUAUCGGCCGCAUCAAUGGUCUGAUGGCUGGCUCGUUGUUCGCUCUUGUUGGUGGUGCCCUGCAAUCGGCUGCCCAGAACUCGAAUUUUAUGAUCUGUGCGAGAGUCGUGACGGGGAUUGGUACUGGAGCAUUGACAGGGAUCACCCCUGUCUUAGUGUUGGAGACUUCCUCCGCCGAUCAUCGUGGCGGGUUCCUCGGCUAUGUCUUUAUUGCUAAUUAUCUAGGGAUCGCUAUUGCUUAUUGGAUCUCGUUUGGGCUCUCAUUUGUGAACGAUGGAUACUCGCAAGUACGAUGGCGAUUCCUAUUAGCCUUCCAGUGUCUCCCCGCUUUGAUCCUCGCCUCAUUUAUCAAGAUGCUGCCCGAUAGCCCCCGCUAUUUAGCGUCGGUGGGUCGGAGGAAGGAAGCACGCGAGCUGUUAUUCCGUCUUCGUCAAGGCAGAGCGACCCCUGAUGAAAUUGAAAGAGAAUAUUUGGAGAUCGUCACCGCUGCGCGAGACACGCAACCCAGUUCGCCAGUUCAAUUUGCCAAGAUUUUACUAGGGAAGGGUGGAAAGCCAGGCACAAAUCUAGGCCGACGAGCAUGGCUCUGCAUCUGGCUGCAGAUUAUGGCUUCCUGGACCGGUAUUACUGCUGUUACUGCUUAUUCCCCCACUCUACUGAAACAGGCUGGUUACAGCGAUGUGAAGCAGAAUGGUCUAGCAGGAGGUAUCAACACAAUCGGUAUUAUCGGCACCAUCAUAAGCGCCCAUAUCAUUGACCGGCUGGGCCGGCGGGCCUGUUUGAUGGGAGGAUCAGUGAUCUUGUUCGCCGUAAACUUGAUUGCCGGAGCUGUGUAUGAAGGCUCACUCAUUCACCCUGAUAAAGCGGCCGAAUACGCCCCAGGAGCAGUGACGAUGCUCUUCUUGUUUAACCUGGGUUAUGCUGCCACUUGGGGUACUGUGGCGUUUUUAAUACCCACGGAGAUCUUUCCAAGCGAGUUGCGAGCUCAGGGCAAUGGUUUUGGCAUCACCGGCUGGGCCAUCGGAGUUGGCAUGACUACCCUCGUCAAUCCUAUAAUGUUCGGUACUAUGACUAGCCGGACUUACUUUCUUUUCGCUGGAUUGAACAUGCUGUGGUUGCCAAUAGUCUACUUCUUCUACCCCGAAACUCGAAAUCGUUCGCUCGAAUCCAUAGAAGCCCUUUUCUCAACCUCGAGUCCGUUCUAUUGGAAGAUGGAGCAGGCUUACAUGUUGCACGGUGAUGUCCUUGCAGAGCAUGGAGUCUCACGCAGCGAAACCGACGAAAUGGACAGGAUGGAGGUGAACUCUGACAAGCCGUUGGGGCCUGCUCCUGCCUGA